AUGGAGGCCUUCAAGAAGAGGCGCAAGCAUGUGAUGCAGUUGGAAGCUGCUGCUCGGGACAUGUCCUAUAGGCACAGCGUCAUGGUCUUCGUGCCUUCGAAGAAGCUACGAGAGCUGGCGCAGCGUGGCACGGACGGCUGGAUGAGCUACGAGUACAGGAGGCUUGACGCGGUGGAGAUCCAGGAUCCGUCGUCGUGGCAGCCGCUGGACACCGUCUGCACCUUCGGGCACUACGGAAGCCUGUACAGCUUCGGACGCAACGUGCCGCAGCGCCUGAAGGUGGCAGAUAGCACGGAUGUGUCGCGGUUGAAUAACAACCGCAUGCGCCUCUUCGAGAAGCAGCAGAAGAAGUACAUGGAGAUCUUGGCAGACACCAACACUCCCAACAAGUGCUUUGGUUAUGCCAAGUUCCACCACCCCUCCGACAUGUCAUCGGAAGAGUGGCGGCCCGCCUUGAUCGACCGCUCCGAGACCGUCGGAACCAGCAAGCGCAAGUACAAAGUGUCCUAUGCCACUUUGAGCGCAAAGAGUCUCCGCAGAUUUGGGUUGCUGGCCCUCUAUUGUAUGAUCUUGACAGCUAAUGGCUUCGGCAUUGCCCUAAACCUUGCCGUAAAAGGGUGGUGCGAUCCGGGCUUGGUGGACGGCCCAAUGAACCCCACAGUGUUCCCAGGCUUCAGGCUGGGACGACAUGUUCUCAGAAUCAGCGGGCCACGCCCAUCUAAAGUUGCAGCUCAGGUUCCUAAAUCUGGAAGCCUCACACAUCACACGUUCUGCCCAAAGCCUUCGUGGUCCUAG